AUGGCUUUCAAUCUUUCCUGGGUCUGUGUAAUAACUGGUUGUAUUUUUGCUUCUUUAACAGAAGCAUCUAAUAUCUCUGAUGUGUAUCCCCUUCUGUGGAAAGAAAGUCCUGGUCAGUUCAGUGACUACAAGACAGAAAAUGGAAAGUACAUCAUUAACUUCUGGCAUUAUCCCAAUAGACUGGGGUCAUAUAAAAUCCUCCUGAACAAGACGGCCAAGAAUUUUGCAAAAUUUUCACCAGAAAAUGAACAAAAUAUUUUAUGGGGACUGCCUGUACAUCAUGGAUGGCACUAUCAUACAGGCAGAUUAGCUGAUCCUACCCAAAGUACAGACUGUGGCCAUAAGUCUGGGGCUCAUCUGUGUAUCUCUGUGGACAGUUGGUGGGCUGACCUUAAUUAUUAUGUCUCUGCAAUGCCCUUCCUUGCUGCAGUUGAUUCUGGCAUAAUGGGGAUAUCAUCAGACAAGGUCACCUUUCUGCCACCAUGGAAGGAUCAGAUGAAUUUUUGUUACAAUGUUUCUAACUGCCAUUCAUCAUUUCCAGAAGCAAUGAAAAAGUGGAAUGAAUUUUACCAGCAUGUAAAGUCACAUUCUAGUAGCUUUGAUGACCUGUUGGAGUACUUAUGGGCUGCACAUGUCUCAUCUUUAGAGGUUGCUCGUAAAAAUUUUCAAAAUAGGUAAGAAUGGAUCUGA